AGGUAAAUGGCGAUUUAUGUAUCUGGAUCUUUAUCAACGAAUGCUGAUAAAGUAAAUGAGAAAAAACCAGAUGGCAAAAACUGGAAAUUCGUAUAAUGCUACGUGUUUGCUGAGAUUUGUGGUUUCGGAUUAGUCAAAGAAGUACAUUCCAGAUAUGUCCAACAUGAAUCUUCAAUUCUUCCUGUUCUUAGUCUGCUUGUUCGGUACAUGCAUAGCACAAGAGGAUAAAUGUCCAAAGACCUCAAUUAGUCCUUGUACAUGCAAGACAUACUAUGAUGGUUCAUGUUAUAUUGCAUGCGGAUUAACAUCACAAGAACAGCUAGAGAAACUAGCUAAUAUCCCUAAUUUGUGUGAGGGGUACGUGCAUUUCUUUUUGGUUAACAGCAAAGUAUCUGGAAUUCCUGCCAAACUAUGGAAAAGCCUCCUUUCCUCGAAGACUGUAGAUAUUGCUAUAAAGCAUGUUGUGAUGGAUGGGCUAAUUCCACCUGGAUCAGAGGAAAUACCGGAAGUAUACACUUCAGGCUCAGCUGUCAUCAAAUUUGAUCAUUGCAGAAUUAAAAACUGGGACUGGAAACAACUGAAAAAUUUCUAUUCAGAAGAGGAACUGACCAUUGUUAUCGAUGACACUCCCAUGUCAGAAAUAAGUACCGACUUUGCUCAUAUUGCUAAAGGUCAAGUCCACAAAGUUUCAAUUGACAGUACUGGACUCACUUCAGUUCCAGACAAAUUGUUUGUGGCGUUUGAUGACCUCAAUUCUCUUUCCUUGCAAAAUAAUAAACUGAAGUCCUUUUCUAGGUCCAUGAUUUCUAAGCCCGCUAAUAAGUUAGAGUUCUUACAUUUGAAUGGCAAUUUACUGACUUCUAUACCAGGAGACCUUUUUUCCGACAUGCCCGUUCUUUCAGUGGUAUAUCUUCGGGAUAACAGAUUAACAACUUUGCCUCAAGACCUUUUCGAAAAUAUUUCAUCACCAAAGUUGAAAAGGGUUGAUUUCAUCAAUAACCCAUGGGAUUGUAACUGCAGACUGAUGUGGAUUUUAAGCAAGAAGAAGCAACAUGCCAGUAUGGGUGCAUGUGCAACUCCAGAAGAACUAGCAAAUAAGAAAACUCUACUUAUCAUGCGAGUAUGGAGCUGUACAAAACAACAUCUGGAAAGGCUUGUUCAUUAUACAACCUACCCAAAAGAUGGAAGGAGGAACCCUGUUCCUGUAUAGUGUACAUCCAGAGAUGCUGAGAAUGAUAGAGUGUAGAUCUCAGCGAGUACAAUAGACCAGGUAAAGGAAAACCAGAAAAAAAUUCUUUUUCCCUGAGAAUUGAAUGCUUAGUUUCAAAGUAGAAUAGUUUCAAACUGUUUAUCCCCAAGAAGAAAUAAAAAUUGUUUAUUAAUGUAUAACUAUUUUAAUUACAUAAAAUGUGAAAUUCU